UUUACUGAAGACAUGGCAAACGUUACUCCAAGAAAAAGAAAAUACAGUUCUUCUACUUCUGAUUGCUGUCAGUUGGUGUAUGGGAAUCCAGUAAAAAAACUGAUGUUGGAGUUCACUGAGGAUCGGUCUGUGGUGAAGACGCUUGCAGGUCACAGUGCUGCAUCUCUGAGAAAGCAAACUCCUGACUUUCAAGAGAAUGAUAAAGAAAACCGCCACUUGCUUCAGAGGUCAACCAAAUCACAGAAGUUGGAUUCUUCUCCACUACAGACAGCCAGUGUGCCAGGAAGGAUACAAAGGGAGUUCCAGCAGAGAACGUCCCCUAUAUCUGGGACCACACACAGUUCCGUUGUGUCCUCCAGCUCCUUUUAUAGCAAAGGGAAACCAUAUCUCAGUAUACUGGAGAGAAAGCUGGCCAAUGAAAGCCUUCCUCUUGGUCCAAGAAAAGAGGAAGGCAACCUACCUAUUGCCAACAAGACAGAGAUAGCCCAGGUGAAAGUAAAGCCAGCCAUGAAAACCAGCUCAAAACUAUCCAAGUGCUCGGUACCCUUGAGGCAGUCCAAGACUUUGUCAAGAAAUGCCAAAAAGGCUAAAACAGACAUGACCUCUGCAAAGCCUGUUCAACAGAAAGAGAAUGUUAAUUCUGUCAUUGAAAAGAAAAUGGAAACUCCUUUCAGAAUCUUAAGCAUGAAAUUCAAACCUGUGCUGAAACUCCAGACAGGUGCAGCAUUCUUCACCACUGGGAAGAAGAGGCCCCUUGGCUCUAAGAAGGAGCUUUCAUCUCCGUCAUCACAGCACUCUGUCAACAAGUCUGUGAUGAAGGAGAAGCAGGACAGAGUCCAAGCCUGUACAGAACUCCAUUUGUCCACUGAAAACAAAGCUGUUGAGACUGGCAGAAAAAGAAACCAAAUGUAUGAGCCCCCAAAUCAGGAGAAACAAGACCAUGUGGAGGAUAUUGGGACACUGUCUCCUAACACAAGCCAAGAUAUGAAGACCGUAUAUAAACUGAACCUUUUGCAGAAAACUGAGGUCCUUCAACCUCCUCGCUCCAGUUGCUCAAACACCGUAGAUCAAAAGGCAGUUGAUAUGGAGGUCUCUGAAGAGAUCUCAGAAGGACCAUCCAGCAACAAGGAUGAGCAUGAGAAUGCCUCUUCCAGUAAGGUCCACAUUGAGACUACUAAGUCAUCCUCUGUGGCAGAUGUUUUCCAUCCUGUUUUGAAUAUACCUUCUGACAACAAAAAAAGGCUGCAGGUUCUCCCAGAUGAGCAGACUACACUUGUGGAGCACAGUCCUGUUGUGCAGAAGGUUCCUACCAUACUGAAAACCAGCAAGAAGGCAAAGGAUUUACGCAAAGAUUUAAAAGAUCAGAUGGUCAUUGAUGCUGGUCAGAAACAUUUUGGUGCCACUGUUUGCAAAGCAUGUGGCAUGGUUUACUCGGCUGCCAGCCCAGAGGAUGAAGCACAGCAUGUCCAGUACCACCAGAGGUUCCUUGAGGGAAUAAAAUAUGUGGGCUGGAAGAACGAACGUGUAGUUGCAGAAUUCUGGGAUGGGAAAAUUAUCUUGGUCCGGCAGGGUGAUCCAAAAUAUGCCACCAAGAAGGUGGAAGGUGUACGGGAGCUAGUCGAUAAUGAACUUGGGUUUAAACAGGUGGCUCUGGCUUGUCCAACCCAGACUCAAACAUAUCUGUUUGUAUCACUUAACAAGGUAGUUGGUUGUUUAAUCGCUGAACCAGUCAGGCAGGCUUUUCGAGUGAUUUCUGAGCCAGCAGAAUGUCCCACUAAGAAUAGCCUGGAGCAUCAUCGUGCCUGGUGCUGCUCAACAAAGCCAGAAAAAGUGGUCUGUGGUGUCAGUAGAAUCUGGGUGUUUAGCCUGAUGCGGAGAAAGGGCAUUGCCAGACGCUUGGUGGAUGUUGUCAGACGUACAUUUGUAUUUGGCUCUUGCCUAAGCCCCGAUGAAAUCGCCUUUUCAGAUCCCACACCAGAUGGCAAGCUGUUUGCAGCCAAAUAUUGCCAAACCCCUAACUUUCUUGUUUAUAAUUUCCUUAAUUAG